UGAACUGCUCCUACUCCUAAAAGAAAACAAAGUUCAAACAAAAAAUUGCAGAGUAAGAUGGCUGAUGAUAGAGGUAGCAUCGCCUUCUUCGCAACCUACAGACCAUUGGAGCCGCUCGACAUAUUCGCAAGGCCGAAAAAUUCGACACGGGAGGAAGACGAGAGCCGUAUGACGGACGGAAUAUCUUCAAAUUACAACGGAAAAAUGAUUCCAACUCCGGCUCUCAAGAAAAUUCUGAAGCGCCUAAACUUGUCUACUGAAGCUAACGUGAAGGAUGCCGAUACCGGUAAUCUCACCGGCAUGAUUUAUGUUUCUGAAAAAGAUAAUAGCCUCGAAACGCUUCAUAUUGCUCUCCGUUUCAACGAUCCGCCGAUCGUCAAAGUCUUUAGUUUUGCUGAUGUUUAUGGGACCUUCGACGGUGUUCAAAUGGAAGACAGCGGUUGCGUUCGAAUGGAAGACAGCGGUUGCAUCGCCGGAGACUAUCUCGUGUAUAUCUCCACUAUGGAGGACCCAAACGAUCGGCGUCAGCCAUGGACUGCAGUUUAUAAAACCGAUCUCAACAAUGGAGAAACUGACCGGCUUACUCCAUCAUGGCAUGCUGAUUUAAGCCCUGCGGCAUCACCAAAUGGAAAGAUGAUAGCAGUGGCGUCUUUCCAGCGAAGGGGCGGAUGGCACGGAGAGAUUGAAGAUCUCCAGACUGACAUUUAUGUGAUGAACUUGGUUAAGCCUUAUAAACGGAGGCUCGUCGUACAGAACGGCGGGUGGCCGACGUGGGGAAGUGAGAGCGUCAUAUUUUUUCAUCGCAGAAUUAUCAACGAUAAUAUAGCGUCUGACAAAGAAGAGGAUAAGAGAGAAUGGAGAGUGUUUCGAGCUGAUAUUAGCGGCGCUGAAACUAAAAUCAGCCCCGUGACUCCACUAGGAAUUCAUGCCAUGACACCGGCCGCCAUAAGUGCCACCGAAGUUGUGGUGGCAACCAUCCGUCAGAAAUCAAAAUUGUCCGACGAACGGGAAGAAAAGGCACAAUAUCGACAUAUUGAGAUUUUUGAUACAAAUAAACGACAACGACGGCAACAACAACAAGAAGAAGAAGAAGAAGAUGAAGAAGAAGAAAUAGACGACGAAGAAGAAGAAUCCGUACAAAUCACUGUGAAUACCAGAUCGUAUUCUGAUCACUACAACCCUUUUGUCAUCGAUAAAGGCAACCGCAUAGGUUACCAUCGUUGCAACUGUGAUCUUGUUCAGAUGAAAAACAAUGACGAGGAAGAUAUCCCAAAUGAGUUUGACAAGCUGAGAUCUCCGGAAAAGGGAGUAGGGUUGUUUAGAAUAUCGGGAGUGUUUCCCACAUUUUCCCCUGACGGUAACAUGCUAGCAUUUAUUGAUAAUGAGUUUUGCAUCCUCUAUGUAGUCAAAAAAGGAGGCCACCCCCGUGUUAUUUAUCAGACGAAUGAUACCAAUGCCAUCUUCUCCCCGGUGUGGAAUAAAAAAGAGGAUACGUUAUAUAUAUGCAAGGGGCCUUCUUUUAGCGCUGACGUCCAUGUGUCUAUAUGCGCUUUUUUUAAAGUGUCGGAGAUCACAACUCCAAAGAAAAAACCUGAUCUGAUUCUCACAAUCACUAAAAGCAAUAACGCUUUUCCAUCUAGCAGCCCAGAUGGUAAACAAUUGGUUUUUCGAACCGUAAGAGAAGAUAAGGGGGAAAAGAUAUACAAAAAGCUAUAUAUAAUCGAAGAUGCAACCAAAGGAGAAUACCAACUCGGAAAAUCAAGAAGGCUAACCUAUGGUCCUGGAACUGACACUCAUUGCCAAUGGUCUCCAACAAAUGAAUGGAUAGUUUUCUCAUCAACUAGAGACAAACCUGAAGAUGCACCAGAAUCGGACAAUGAUCUUGACCCCGGAUACUUUGCGAUUUUUCUAGUGCAUUCGGUUACAAAAGUUGUGGUAAGAGUGAUGGGAAGUGGAUCUGAUAUUUCAGGUCAUGUGAACCAUCCAUUCUUUAGUCCAUAUGGAAAUAGCAUAGCAGUGACUUCAGAUCUUGCUGCAGUAUCAGUCGAUCCUAUAUCUUUGCCUUUCUUUUUGCAUUCGGUGAGACCUUAUGGAGAUAUUUUUGUCUUCCACAUUGACGAGAAUGACUUGCUAAAGAACAAGGACGUGAAGAAGUUCAUUCGCAUCACCCAUAGUAGAUAUGAAAAUUCUACUCCGUGCUGGACAAAGGGUUCAACUGAAAACUUUGAUAAAUGGAACAUCAAUUUAAAGAAACCUAACCCACCAUUAUGCCCUUAUAGUGGUUGUACGGGGCUUGAAGGCUGGAGGGUGACCGGACACCUGCAUCUUGCGAAACGAUGCUGUUGAUUUUCUAUGUGUUUCUAUUCGUUGUUGAUUUUAUGGGUUAAAAGUUUCAAUGCUAUCAGACCUUUGCUCUAUCAUUUAAUUUAAAAAUAAAAUAUGUAUUAGAAUGGUAUUAAUAAACAAUUAUCAUCCAAUGAUACUUCAUCUCUUUCCUAUA